AUGGCCUCUGAGAAGAACAUUUCCUAUCGGAAUAUGCCUUUUUGUGUGAAUGCACCGUGUCAUGACUUUUAUAUUUAUAUAGACCUCAAGGACGUAGCAGGGAAAUGUCAUGUAUUCGGCGAUCAAGUUAUAAAGUGUAGGACAAUAGGAAUUUUAGAAAGUAUCAAUGGACGUUUUUAUUUGACUGACCUGAAUGAGACAGAGGGUCAGUCAGAGCCUCUGGUGCAGGUGUCCGUGGUGUACCUGAAGUCUUCACCACAGUCAACAGUGAUUCCAUACCCGGUGCAAGUAUUUGGCACACUGCAGUGGAAGAACAGACCUGUUAUAUUUGCAAAAAUAUUGCAGGUAAUCACUGUGCCUACUGCUAUAAGAAUGAAGAAUGUCUUAGGUAGUAUCACCAGCAUGUAUUUAGCUAAGAGUGCUCCUGUACAUGAAGAGCAACAGGAUCCCACUUGA